UCGGUUCGUAUAUUUAAACAUAAAACUAUGGGUCUAUGAGUCGAUUUACUUCUUGCAUAAAACACUUUCUGUCAAAAGCUUACAGAGCAAAGACAGAACCUCUGCUUCUACCAGGAAGUCUAAACCUGACAUAACUGCGCAUGCGCACAACCCUUUCGGGGGAAAAAAAGGAUGCCUCCGACGUCGAUGUGAACGUGUGGCCCAGAGGAAGGAUAUGGCGGAGACAGAGAUGACCGUGUCCAUGGGUGACGUGGUGGUGAUGAAGGCCACUGAUGAAGAGGAGGUUGUAGCAGGUGAUUCUGCCAAGACUCAAGUCAUUCUUCAGCUGCAACCUGUCACACCUGGGACUGAAGAUAAUGCAGUAGAGACAGCUUCAACAGAUGACGUUUUGACAUCGGGUGAGGAAGUUGAGCUGGGAUACCCUAUUACAUGUGGCGAGAGCAAAGCUAUUCUUCUGUUCAAGAAAUUUGUCUGCCCAGGGAUUAAUGUCAAAUGUGUAAAAUAUGAAGAUGAAUUAAUCAGCCCUAAGCAGUUUGUCCAUAUGUCUGGCAAAGCUACUCUUAAGGACUGGAAACGGGCCAUCCGCAUGGGAGGUGUCAUGCUCAGGAAAAUGAUGGACUCCGGUCAGUUAGAUUUCUAUCAGCACAGCACGCUGUGCACCAACACCUGCCGGAGUACCAAAUUCGAUCUCCUGAUCAACAACACACGCUUCCCUCCUGACAGCAGUCUACUCAGUACUCCUUCAUCAUCCCAAGGUCAGGUCACUGUGGGUAAUAGAGCGGAAGUUGUUAUGAUAGAAGAGAAGCCAGAGGAAGCGACAAGCUCUUUGGAGUGGCCUACAUCUAGUUUAGAGGCUACAAAGAAAAAGGAAGUGGUAGAGAUAUCGGAGGAGACACUGAACUUCUGGAAAGGCAUAGCGGACGUCGGUCUUAUGGGAGAAGUGGUCAGUAACAUUCGUACAGAACUGCUGGAGAUGCUGAGAGGGGUACAGAUUCGCUCUGACCAGACUAGUAUACAAGAUGUUGAAGUGGCAGUUCUGAGUAACCUUGCUCAAGUAUUUGGUCUGCUGGACUCCAUCAAAUGCAUCCUAAAUAUUCGGCGGCAAAUGACUGACCUUGGACAGAAACACUUCCUCAAAAUGUUAACCAACCUGGAACAGCAGCUGGAGGAGCAGAAGAAGCAGCAAGCUCAGAGCUGGUUGGUCUCGUCUUCAUCUUCCCCUCCCCCACCGAAGCGCGCUCCUAAACGGCCUAGCCUACAACGGCCUGCCUCGGCCACAGUGCUCCAACCCCUAACGCUCCACUCACCCCAGUACACUCUCAUCUCCCCCAUUACCCUCUCCUCUGUAUGCCAACCCAUUACCCUGCCAGGCCUGGCACAGCCACCUGGUGCGGUCACUCUCUUCACUCACGUUCCACAGCGUGACGGCAAGGCCGAGACCCUAACGUUGGUGGAAACGAUGGCCACACAGGAGCCGGCACAGCUGAGCACCGUGGAUCUCAGUGCGGUGGGAACAAUGGGCACGGUGGAACUGGGAGCAGCAGGUGCAAUGGAAAUGGCAAACACAGUGUUAGUGCAGGAUCAUGAGAGCCAAGCAAUUGAGAUCAACCUGCAGAUGGGAGCAGAGACAGAGGAAGCAGCCAAGGAGGAGGACGAAGAGAUAAGAAGGAUGGAGGCAGGAGCUGAGGAUGCAAGUGGAAUAGUGGUGGGAGAAGAAGAGAAAGUUGAAAUGGAGGAGCUGCAUUUGGAAACCAACGGGCAGAUUCACAAUCUACAGAUUUUAGUAGUGGAAGAUGAGGAGCAAAUGCAGGUCGAAGGCAAAGUCGAAUGAUCCAUGGACAUCACCACACAUAGUGAACGCUUUGACAUUUGCACUUGUAUUUUUUUAUACUACUUUCCUAAUAGAGGUCAGCAUGGCCCAGUUGUGUAACUGCUUUUUGUAUGAGCAACUCCAGUAUUCCUUUAUGAACUUUAGAGAAUGCGCGUGUAUUUUGAUAUGCAUUUGUAGAAAUGAGUACAGUAUUUUUAUUUUAUUUUAUUUCUUUUUAUUUUAUUUUAUGAUUCAUACAUGAAUCUAUUGGCACUUUCUUUAGCAUGGUGCCAAAAUGUUAGGAAUUUCCAUUACCUACGUUUAUCUCUGUUACUCAAGCCAACUGUUAAUUACGAGUAACAACUGUAAUUAUGAAACAAGACUUUGCUCUAUAUAACAUAAAAUAACUUGGUAUGUCUUCAGCUAACAAUGCAGAUUUUCAACCAUUCUCUUAAAGUGAUGGUUUGGCUAAAACCCAGUUUUUUUUCCUUAUGAUAAAAAUAAUAUACAACUAACCAGCCAAAAUUUGUGUGACGAAUUGUAUUUAAUAUCUAGAAAUGAUAUGAAUGAUAAUAUAAUUCUAAUUUAAGUAUGGAAAUAUUAAACUUGAAUUUCUCUGUUAUUUUACAAAAGUUGUUUAUUUAAGAUGAACCUUAUGGAACAACGUUGUUUAAAGCAAAUGUUGGAAAAUGUGAGGCAUGUACUGAAUGUACAGUGCUGUGCGGGUGGGAUACAUCAUUGCUUUUUAGCCCGGAAACAGUAAAAUAUUUCAGACACCAAACAUGGCUUUGGCUAAUAAAUCAUAUUUUUAGUAUGUGUAAAGUUGUGUAUAUUUGACAGUCUAAAAAAAAAAAAAAAGCUACUAAUUUAACCAGCUACAGUAUAUUGGCACUACUGAAAAAUGUGUUUUAUUUGAGAAUGUGAGUGUUUCAUGUAUUUAUAUCAGCACAACAUGAGGAAAUGUGUUAAAACUAUUUUUAGAUGUGAUGCAUUAAGUCCUUCAGUGAAGACAAAAAGUCUUCCAUGGUAUGUUUUCCCAAUUGACAAGUGACGUGCUCUGUGGUGUAAAAUGGGUUUAGUGGAUCUUCUCUGGAUCCCUGAUUUUAGAUGAAGGCUGAGUUAAUAACUGGAUUACAGUGACAAAAAUCUGUAAUCUGUAACCUUGUCUUGGCACAGAAGUAUGCAACUAAUAUUUCAUUAAAUUGAGAAGUGGAAUUGGCUGCAAGAGUCUUUCUGUUU